CACGUCAAUAGUUCAUAUCCAUCCUUCACUACAGGAAGCAUCAGAAUGAUACUGCAAACUCCAAUAGUCUUAGACACCAAUGACUAUUCACAAACAUUGGGGAUAUCACAGCAGAUAUUUAAAGGAGAUGGUGAAUUGGCAGGAACUGGGCAGCAAUCAUUAUGUACAGAGAGUAAUUUAGUCAUCAAACAAGAGGACAACAUUUAUGCCUUAUCUAGUGAAAUUAUUAUCCCUGAGGAUAAACCACACACAUUUACUGAGUUUUUAAAACAUAUUAAAGAAGGGAAAAGUCUACAGUCUAGCCAAAUAAUUAAUACAAAGGAGAAACCUUUCAAAUCUACAGAAUAUGAGAAAAGCUUUAGAUGGAAGUCUCAUCUACUAGAACACCACAAAAUUCACACAGGUGAGAAACCACACACAUGUACUGAGUGCGGCAAAUGUUUUACACAAAUGAAUCAUCUGAAAACUCAUAAAAAGAUUCACACAGGGGAAAAGCCUUUCACAUGUACAGAGUGUGGAAAACGUUUUACACAAAAGAGUUAUCUGAAAACUCAUGGAAGGAUUCACACAGGAGAAAAACCAUUCACAUGUACAGAGUGUGGAAAAAGCUUUACAAAAAAGGGUCAUCUGAAAACUCAUGAAAUUAUUCACACAGGGGAAAAGCCUUUCAUAUGUACAGAGUGUGGAAAACGUUUUACAGAAAAGAGGAGUCUGAAAAUUCAUGAAAUGAUUCACACAGGAGAAAAGCCUUUCACAUGUACAGAGUGUGGAAAAAGUUUUACACAAAAGAGUAGGCUGAAAACUCAUGAAAUGAUUCACACAGGAGAAAAGCCUUUCACAUGUACAGAGUGUGGAAAAAGUUUUACACCAAAGAGUAGUCUGAAAACUCAUGAAAUUAUUCACACAGGGGUAAAGCCUUUCACAUGUACAGAGUGUGGAAAAGGUUUUACAAAAAAGAGAGAUCUGAAAACUCAUAAAAGGAAUCACACAGGGGAAAAGCCUUUCAUAUGUACAGUGUGUGGAAAAGGUUUUACACAAAAGAGUGAUCUGAAAAAGCAUGAAAGGAGUCACACAGGUGAAGAGCUGUUCACAUGUACAGAGUGUGGAAAAAGUUUUACAAAAAUUAGUAAUCUGAAAAUUCAUGAAAGGAUUCACACAGGGGAAAAGCCGUUCACAUGUACAGAGUGUGGAAAACGUUUUACAGAAAAGAGGAGUCUGAAAAUUCAUGAAAUGAGUCACACAGGAGAAAAGCCUUUCACAUGUACAGAGUGUGGAAAAAGUUUUAUAGCAAAGAGUAAUCUGAAAACUCAUGAAAUGAUUCACACAGGAGAAAAGCCAUUCACAUGUACAGAGUGUGGAACAAGUUUUACAGAAAAGAGGGGUCUGAAAACUCAUGAAAUGAUUCACACAGGAGAAAAGCCUUUCACAUGUACAGAGUGUGGAAAAAGUUUUAUAGCAAAGAGUAAUCUGAAAACUCAUGAAAUGAUUCACACAGGAGAAAAGCCAUUCACAUGUACAGAGUGUGGAACAAGUUUUACAGAAAAGAGGGGUCUGAAAACUCAUGAAAUGAUUCACACAGGAGAAAAGCCUUUUACAUGUACAGAGUGUGGAAAAAGUUUUAUAGCAAAGAGUAAUCUGAAAACUCAUGAAACUAUUCACAAGGGAAGAAACAUUUAACAUGUUUAGAAAGUAAGGUUGCUACCUUUUGCACAGCUGAUUAUCUGACACUUUGCAAAUGGACGUGGUUGAGGAUGUGAUUAGGGGUGUGGCUUCACAUGACCUUAAAGGGAUAUUCCAGCCAAAUUUGGAAUCCACGUGUAUGCAUUUCAGUUUUGAGUAGAAGCAUUUUUGCAGUAUACAUGUAUUAGAAAAAAUACUUUUAAUAAAAGUUAUAGUUGUUUCAAAA